GGAAACGCCGACAGCACCGAGAUCAACCGACUGAACACCGGCUCCUGAGGUCUUUCCCCGGGGAACAGGCAGGAACUGGAUAGAAAGGGCGCAGACAUCAUUUUCCACAAGCAAUCUGAAACAAGCGGUGACAGAACGUGUUGCUGGUGAAGUUUCAGCUUCAUCGCUUGUUCUGAACAGCUGAAACUUUCCUCCCAUCUCUGGAUGUGGACAUGUCAGCGGCGGUCGGGGUUUUGUGCUGCGGAGCCGAGCUGCUGCUCGUCCCGGCUCCUCAGUGAACUGCUGCACGUCCCUCAGUGGACUCGGUCUGAGUCCGCUCAUCCCAUCAGAGCCGAGUGAAGACGCUCCACCGACCUCCAUGGAGGGGUCACCGCGCCUCUGACUCGAACCCAGGAAUGGAGCGCUCCUCCGGGACACAGGUGCACUGCUGAAGACCGCGGCAGCUCUCCCGUUAGCGAACACUUCAAAGCAGUACUUGUACCUUUAAAGCGUGUAGCACUGCCAUUAAAAGUCGGUGAAGACAUCAUUACACCAUGUCCCCCCCCGCGCGGGCCCGCUGCCCCUGGUUGCUCUGGAGAUGGACCCUGCUCGCGCUGUGGCUGUGCGCCCUCGGGGCGCUUGCAGCGGAGGAGGGCGCCUUCAACGCGGAGUCAUGGCUGAGGAUGUAUGGUUACCUGCCCCAGGCCAGCAGACAGAUGUCGACCAUGCGAUCAGCUCAGAUCCUGUCCAACUCCAUCAGCGAUAUGCAGCGGUUCUAUGGCCUGGAGGUCACCGGACAGAUGGACCCUCAAACCAUCAGUGCCAUGAAGAGACCCCGCUGUGGUGUGCCUGACAAGUUUGGAGGCCAGAUCAAAACCAAUGUGAGGCGGAAGCGCUACGCCCUCACAGGACAUAAAUGGAACAAGAACCACCUCACAUACAGCAUCCAGAACUACACUCCCAAGAUCGGAGAGUAUAAUUCAUACGAAGCCAUCCGGCGGGCCUUUAAAGUUUGGCAGAGGGUCACUCCAUUGACCUUCGACGAAAUCCCUUACCAGGAGAUCAAAUAUGGACGACGCAAGGAGCCCGACAUCAUGAUCUUCUUUGCUUCAGGUUUUCAUGGAGACAGCUCUCCUUUUGAUGGAGAGGGAGGAUUCCUAGCCCACGCCUACUUCCCUGGUCCUGGAAUGGGCGGGGACACGCACUUUGAUUCCGAUGAGCCGUGGACCAUAGGAAACCAGAACGUACAAGGUAAUGACCUCUUCCUGGUCGCAGUCCACGAGCUGGGUCAUGCCCUGGGUUUGGAGCACUCCAACAACCCACUGGCCAUCAUGGCUCCCUUCUACCAAUGGAUGGAGACUGAGAACUUCCAGCUGCCUGAAGACGACAAGAGGGGCAUACAGCAGAUCUACGGUCACUCCGACAUUGGGCCCACCCAGGCCCUGCCCACAGUGACGCCACGCCGCCCAGAACCUCGGCCACCUCAAACACCACCUCGACAUCCUGACCGUCCCAGAACCACUGAAAGACCAGAUCACUAUGGACCCAAUAUCUGUGAGGGGAACUUUGACACAGUCGCCAUGCUCCGAGGAGAGAUGUUUGUUUUCAAGGGCCUCUGGUUCUGGCGGGUGCGUCGGAACAGGGUACUGGAUAAUUACCCCAUGCCCAUCAGUCACUUCUGGCGGGGUCUGCCUGGAGAUAUCGAUGCGGCCUAUGAAAGACAUGACGGCAGGUUCGUCUUCUUUAAAGGAAACAGAUUCUGGCUUUUCAGGGAGGCUAACCUGGAACACGGCUAUCCAAUGGAGCUGACUGAUUAUGGUCAUGAUAUUCCCUACGACCGAAUAGACACAGCCAUCUGGUGGGAGCCGUCCGGCUUCACUUACUUCUUUCAAGGAGACUGGUACUGGCGUUUCAAUGAGCAGUCGCGCUCAGCUGACAGAGGCUACCCGAAACCAAUCAGCGUCUGGGGAUCGUCAGUGCCCUCUGCUCCCAAGGGGGCUUUCCUCAGCGAUGACGGAGCCUACACUUUCUUCUACAAGGGUUCCAAGUACUGGAAGUUUGACAACCACCGCAUGAAGAGCGAACCAGGCUACCCCAAGUCCAUACUAAGAGACUUCAUGGGCUGCAGUGUAGACCUGGACCCGGAGAGAGACACGGACACAGACUUAGGGCGUAAAGUCCCAGAUGUGAAUCGUCCGCCGUUCAACCCAGACGCAGGACGUGAAGGUGACAAGGGCAAAGAUCGGGACGGAACGGAUCAAGGUGGUACAGACAAAGACACGGGCAAAGGAUCAGACAGUGACAAAGACGAGGACUACCGCGAGGGUCGGGAGGAGGGCACCAACGAGGUUGACGUGGUGCUGAAGGUGGACGACAGCGAGGAGCGGACCAUGAACAUCCUGAUGGUCACCAUCCCACUGGUCCUGGUGCUGUGCAUCCUGGGACUGGUCUACGCCAUCAUCAACACGCUGCAGAGCAAAGGGGCGCCGCGGCUUCUGGUGCACUGUAAGCGCUCACUGCAGGACUGGGUGUGACCCUUGACAUUAGGGGGACACUGAACUUUGAACUUGAAUCGGACCUUAGACACCCGCCUCGUCUAAUCCAAACCCCUCCAUAUCUGUGCUCAGUGGCUCCUGAAACUCUUAAUACUUGUGGUAGUAGAUCCAUACACUCACAAAUAGAAUCAAGCAUAAAUUACAUAUACACACUCACACACACACAUCAUCCUAACCUCCUCUUGUCUCCCAUGGUGCUCUACAAUGCGUUGACUGUAGUCUAUUUAUAUGAGAGAAGUUUGCACAUUUUUUUUGGGGGGUUCUUUUUGUCUGGAUUCAUUUUGUGUGACUUUUUGUUAUUAUUAUUUUUAUUUCUAAACCAGGAAGGCCGCUCUGUUCUCUCUUCCUCCCCCUUUCCCCAAUCUCAGUGGGGGCUUUUUCCUCUCUGAUAACUUGACGUCUGUGUAUUCUAUCAGUCUUGCCACAAAAGAAAGACACAUGUAAAAGGCUCGAACAGACGGGUCACUGAACGUCCGCAUGAGGUUUAGCUGUGUUCCUUCCUCCUUUCAUCAUCUUCUCCACCCUGCUUCAUCUCCUCGCUUGUUUCUGCCGUAGAGCACAGUCUUCCGGAUGUGAGAGCUGAGAUAGAAUGCAGCAGGGUUUGGUAACAGCAGACAUUUCACUUUUGACGUGGUUGAUGGUCUGAAGGCUGAAUCUGGAGUUCUGCUUGUUGUUCAUACAGACACUGCCUUGGUUUUAAGGGAUAAUUCCAGUCAAUUCACAUCUUAAUUUUGCAGUUUUAUCCGUUGAUUGUCAAAGUUGCUAGAGUUCUUGUUGUGAUGGGAUCACUCACGUCUGCUGACAUACUCAGGUACAAACUUGUAGAGUUCAUGAGAGCAUCUUGCACUGUUGUGUUGUACUGAGCCGUAACAUGUUGAAGACUCAUUUUUCAUGAUGUUUAAAUGCAGCCUCAUAAACUCUGGAGCGAAUCAAACAAACACCAAGUGAUCUUCAUGUACUGAUCAAGUCCCAAUAACUUGUGAUGUGUGUUAGAGUUUAUUAGUUAAAUUUAAUCAACUACUGGCUCUUGAGAGCUGUGGGUGGGAGGCGGUGAAAGAAGCAGGUGCAGGUGCAGCGUUAGUGACACUUUCCUCAGCAAUUCACCUUCUCACCGCCCUUGCCAAAGUGCAGACAUAGGCAAGUGCCUAGUUUGCCUAAAUGGACGCACCGGCUUUGCUCACAUCGGCUCCUCCAGGCAGAGAAAGUCAGCCGGAAUUCCGGAGAGUCUCACUCGGACAUUUGCGUUCACACACACAGCCCCUCCAGAGAAACUCCUAAGUGUCUCCAGAGUUCAGUACACGUGUGAAAGCAGCUUUAUGUCUCCAGGUCCAUAUUUUUGCCAUGAUCACACCUAGUUAAAUCCUGAGAUCUGUGACUUGGGCACGCAGCAUUAUUUCCAGAAGGAAUUCAAACACUUGGCUUUAAUGAGGACAGUUAUGAAAACUAUCACCCAAACAUAAAUUAGUUCACUAACUACUCAUUAAAUAAUUCCCUAAAUAUUCACUAUCUACAGUCAUCUUUAUAAGCCCUAUUUGAUAAAAAAGACACGAACGCCAAAUCUACAAAAAUAAAUCCUAGACACUUUAAUUAUCUUUUGAAGUCAGACUACUUAUGCCUUGUUUUCCUUCUUUAUCUUGUCCCGACACAGCUGGACAAUAAGUCUACCUCUUGUCCUCUCCUUGCUUGGAAACCAUAAAAGACCUCUUUGGCUGAAAAGGUAAACAGACGUUUGAGGGUAAGAUCCUCCUUUAGCUUUCAUUUAUGUGGCUAAUUCUCAUAGAGCCUCUUCUCUGUCAACAGUGAGACUCCAGAGGAGACAGACUAAUGGUUAAUUUAAAGUCAGCUCACUAUGAAAUAACACAGGAGAGGCCGCAUUUAUUGCAUCUCUGUGCGUGUGACAAAACAAGAGACAAAGCAAAGCCACAGCUUUUAAUUUCAGAGCAGGAUGUUUCACCACAAAACAACCCAGCAGUCACAGGGUGCAGCUAAUGUACCGAGGACUUAAUAACGGCCUUUUUACUGCUCGUGCUUUUUAAAAAGGAAGAAACCUCCCUGACAACCUGUGGUCUUUUGGUUAUAAAGAUAGCGAAGCUGUGAGCACUAGGGUGGGCUCGGGCCAUGCAGGAUCAUGUGAUCACAGACUAAUCCUCUUCAUUAAAAAACAGCAGGUGUGUGCAAAUGCUGUUCACCCCCGUGACCCCUAAACUAAACCUUGAACUUCCAGAAUGAAAACACUACCCACUCCUGUUUCAUCUCCCACGAACAGAGAUAGGAUGAAGGGGAGUGUGUGCGCAGGACAAAUUGUAUCAAGUUCUUUAACAUUUAGCUACUUAAAUACACGUUUGCCAAUUAUUUCAAAUACAUGCUAUAAAGUGUUGUCUUUAUUCUUUACUGGUGUUGGCAGCAUUUGGUUUCCAUUAGUUUAUAUAAGAUAUGAAAGUCACAAAUCUGCCUAUAGAUUUUCAUGCUGUGACAAAAUUAAUGAAAACCAAUUGCUGCCAUGAAAACAUUUAAAAAAAGACAUGCUUUGCAAAAUGAUUGGCGUAACUGGUCACCAGAGGUUUUUAAAACAGCAGGGCCAAUACCUGCCAAACCAGUGGUGUUGUCCUGUAAAAGCUUGUCCUUGAUACAUCAGUGGCAAAGUAUGAUAAUUUUCUGAGCUCAUUAUUGAUACAUUUUCAAGAAAUUAUUUUGAAAGGAAUGUUUCAAGUUUUUAAAUGAUAAGACCAUCCUUGUUUUGUUUUUUUUUUACAAUUUUUUUUCCGGAAUCCAGGCUGAAGUGAGUGAGAGCGGGUGGAAGACUUCUUGAGAGAGUGACUUCAAAUAGGAAUGGGAAGAAGGCUUAUCUGAGGCAGCAUUAGGUAGGCUGCCACCCUGACCAGAGGGGGCUAAGCUCCCCCGGCUCAGGUUACACAGAUGUGGACGGGGAGGACGAGGAGAGGCCAAAUUUCCUGCAGCCGA